AUGGCCCAGCGCGAGCCGGACGGGCCCCCCCGUUGGUUUGCACCCAGAGAAGACAGCAUCCCUCUGAGCCGGGAAUCGGCAUCCUCGGAGCCGGUGCUGAGCCAGCUGGGCCUGCAAGAAGGGCCGGAAGGCAAGGGCUGCGUGGGGGACACAGCAGCCCUGCCAGAUGGAAAGCCAGAGCGUCCCUUGCUCGUCUCCGCAGAGCCGCGCACCCGGCACCAGGAGCCACGGAAGGAGGCACUGGACGGCCGUGCCAUCCCGGCGGAGAAAGGUGCAGCGCCACAGAACCGGCCGCUUCCAGCCUCCAGCUCUGCGGCCCCAGGGGCUGCCCCUGAGCAGGGGACAGGGGCGAAGCGGGGCCGGAGGAGGACAAGGCCGGCGCACGUCGAGGCAGCCUCCCAGGAGGGCAGCCCCCCAGCUGCCGCGGCCCCCUCGGAGUCCGCCCCUGGGCCGCGGCUCUGCAGGAAAUGGGGCCAGCGGGCCGUGUGGACCGUCGACUGUGUCGAGGGCACGAAGCUCAGGGUGAACAAGAGGCCGCCCACCUACCGCCCCGAGGACCAGGAGGCCUUCUACCGGCUUCUGGAGGAUCCCGUGGUCCAGAGCUUCCUGGAGGCCGACAUCUUCCUCAAAGUGUCCGACAAGUUCCUGCUGGCCAUGGUGUACUUCGGCCGCGUGGGGCUGCCCGGACACCUCUACAACUGCAUCCACUUCCUCCUGGCCCUCGACAUCGCCUCCGACAUGGAGGAGGACAACCCCACGUCCAAGCGCGGCAUCUUCCAGUUCCUCCUGGGCAAUGAGCACUGGCCCGAGCUCCACAAGCAGUUCCUGAAGCUGAAGGUGGAAUUCAUCCACGCCACGGGCCACCGGGCCUGGGUCACCCCCGAGCUGUGUGAGGAGAUCCAGGCACAGAACCCCCACCACUGGGUCUGGAGCCGUGUGCGCCGGGGCGCCCUGUAG